AUGGUAACAGGACAUAGUUAUUGGAUAAAUAAUUAUAACGAUAAUAUCAUUAUCGCUACCACUACUGCUGCUAAUACUACUACUACUACUACUACUACUACUAUGACUAUUACUAUAACUACAAAUACCAUUAGUGCUACCACUAUCAUUACUAUGACUACAACUACCGCUAUUACCAUUACCAUUAUAAAUUGUCCUUAUAUUAUAACAAUUAUAACCUCAAAAAUGUUAAACCUGUUAUGUUUCAAAAUACUGUAUCUCAUAUUAUUUUGUAUUGAUUUUCCACAAACUGCCACAGAAAAUGCAUUCUGUGAUGAAAAGGACCAAUAUGAAGAGGCUGACAAAAGAUGCAAUGUUCAAUCGCAUUACUCAAGAAACCGUUAUAUACUUUACGACGUUAAUUCUCCAGAGGGUUUUAAUCUUAGAAGAGAUGUCUACAUUCGUGUAGCAGUUUUUAUCAAAAACUUAGUUAAACAAGACAAAGAAUUUAAAUGGAAAUUAGUUUUACCACCAUGGGGUAAUUUGUACCAUUGGCGAACUAAACAAAUAGGACCUCAAACUCAGUUGCCUUGGAGCUUAUUUUUUGAUAUUCCAAGUUUACAAAAGUACAUUCCAGUCAUUGAAAUGCAUCAAUUUAUACAAGAAUACCCUUCAGAAGAGAAGCAAACACAGCUUGACGUUAUAUACGUAUUGCAAAAUGAUGAAGACAUGUUCAGAACAGGUAAAUUUGAAGACAAAAACGAGGUAAUAGAAUGUACUGAUGAAUCUUUAACAUAUAAUAAACCAGAAUCUAAUAGAUAUAAUAGAUACUUUUGGGGAUACAGCAAUGUAACUUUUGGAAAUGUUAAAUGUGUUAAAUUUCAUGGGAUGAUAUCAGACUUAAGGAGAAAUCUUAUGCCUACUGUUUAUAGGUCUGUAAUGUUUGAUCACAUGGAAAUUGCAUUACACGAUUCCUAUGGCUCACAUGAAUAUUGGAGAGCUAGGUGCAGUAUGAGAUACAAUCCUGAGUUAUACAGCAUUGCUAAUGAAUACAGAAAACAUUUUCUUAAUUCAACAGACAAAGAUGAUAACACAGAAAUAUCAAAUGACUGGACUAAAAAAAAGAAUAAAAGAGAUGCACUUGGUGGACCUUACUUAGCUGUUCAUUUAAGGAGACGUGAUUUUUUAGUUGGUCGUUCUUCAACGGUACCAACAAUAGAAUCUGCUGCUUCUCAGGUGAAAAAAACAAUGGAUCACUUCGGAUUAAAACUUCUAUUUGUUGCUACAGAUACCACAGAAGAAGAGUUCAAUAAUCUUAAAGACUACUUGUUCGAGUACACAGUUCUAAGGUUCAUUCCAUCAAAUUCUGUAUUAAAUAAAUUUAAAGAUGGUGGUGUAGCAAUUAUUGAUCAAAUCAUUUGUUCCUAUGCCAGGUACUUCUUGGGAACAUACGAAUCAACUUUUACCUUUAGGAUACAAGAGGAUAGAGAGAUCAUUGGUUUCCCCACUGAAACAACAUUUAAUGUUUUAUGUAAAGAUACUAAGAAAUGUGGCUCAAAUGGACAAUGGGAAAUUGUUUGGUAAUAUAUGAAAAUGUAAACUAAAUGUAAGUUGUAUU